GAACGGUUCAACCGAAAAUAUGAAGACCACGUUCACGCUUCUUACGCUCUUCGCCAUCUGCAACGCGGGGCUGCUACCGAAGUACGACCCAAGGAUCGUGAACGGCGAGAAGGCGAAAGAGGGAGAGAUCCCGUACCAGGUGUCCCUUCAAAAUAGGGACAGCUCGUUCCACUUCUGCGGUGGCUCCAUUCUCAAUGAAAAUUAUGUCAUUACUGCGGCUCACUGCGUCUCGGGUAAACUGGCCAUCGAGCUGAAGGUAGUAGCUGGAACCACCAAUUUAGCCAAGCCAAACUAUGAACAUAACGUCGUUAAAAUCAUUAUGCACGAAGACUAUAACCCCUCGGAUUCUUGGAAGAACGACAUAAGUUUACUCAAGGUAGAGGUGCCAUUCGUGAAAUCGAAAUUGAUUUCUUUCGUCGUUCUCCCAUCGUCAAAGGAUGUCCUCAAGCCGAAUGAUGUGGCAACAGUCUCUGGAUGGGGCAGACUUUGGCAAGGUGGUCCGACGACUAUUUACUUGCAACGUGUAAACAUCUUGAUUGCUAAUCAAGAGUACUGCAGAUUAAUGUACAACAGAGAGAAUUACAACGUCUACGACUCGCAGAUUUGUGCUUACGAUCCAAGCACCCAGAAAGGAUCGUGUCACGGUGAUUCCGGUGGCCCGUUGACCGUGGGUGGAAAACUCGUUGGUCUCGUUUCUUGGGCAAUGGGCUGCGCCCUCACCGACUAUCCGACUGUCUACACCCGUGUGGCGUCUCACCUUAAUUGGAUAGAGGCAAACGCUGUGUAAAUCCAGCAAGUGAAACGUGAAGCAGAAGUCAACGUAAAACGCCAGCUCGGGACUUGAAUCUUUUUCACGCGGAACGUAGCACCUUCGUCGCUGUAAAUAAUCCGCCUCGGCUUUCGUAUCGCAUUUUGUAUAUGUGUUUGACGAAAAAUAAAUCGUUUAUUUGAUACGACAACGAA